AUGGUUAAAGCAGUUGCAGUUUUGAGAGGCGAUUCCAACGUCAAGGGUGUUGUGUCGUUCGAGCAAUCGUCGGCCUCUGAGCCACUCUCCAUCUCGUGGGAGAUCGAAGGCAACGACGCCAACGCAGAAAGAGGGUUCCACAUCCACCAGUUCGGGGACAACACGAACGGGUGCACGUCUGCAGGCCCACACUUCAACCCGUUCGGCAAGACGCACGGUGCGCCAGAGGACGAGACCAGACACGUUGGCGACUUGGGCAACAUCAAGACCAACGGCAGCGGCGUUGCCAAGGGCACCAAGACGGACAAGUUGGCGACCCUGUUUGGCGAGAACUCGAUCUUGGGCAGAACCGUGGUGGUCCAUGCCGGCCAAGACGACUUGGGGAAGGGCGGACACGCGGACUCGUUGAAGACAGGUAACGCCGGCGGCAGACCAGCGUGCGGUGUCAUCGGCUUCGCCUCGUAG